AUGGGCAACGGGAUGUGCUCCCGAAAACAGAAGCGGAUUUUCCAGACCCUCCUGCUCUUGACUGUGGUGUUCGGGUUCCUCUACGGGGCGAUGCUCUACUACGAGCUGCAGGGCCAGCUGAGGAAGGCUGAGGCCACGGCGCUCAAGUACCAGCAGCAUCAAGAGUCGCUCUCAGCUCAGUUACAAGUUGUAUAUGAGCACAGGUCAAGAUUAGAAAAGUCAUUACAAAAGGAAAGGCUUGAACAUAAGAAAGCGAAAGAAGAUUUUCUUGUUUAUAAACUAGAAGCACAGGAAACACUAAAUAAAGGAAGGCAAGACUCCAACAGCCGAUACAGCGCGCUGAGUGUGCAACACCAGAUGCUGAAGAGUCAACAUGAAGAACUAAAGAAACAGCACGCUGACCUUGAGGAAGAUCACCGAAAACAAGGAGAAGAGUUUAGCAGAACAUUCAGUGAUCACAAGGAGCGAUACUUACAGCUGCAGCAGGAAAAAGAGCAGGAGAUCUCUAAGCUGAAGGAAUCCCUGUAUAACUUACGGGAGGAGAACAGACAGUUGAGAAAAGCUCACCAAGACAUUCACACCCAGCUACAAGAUGUCAAGCAACAGCAUAAGAACUUACUCUCCCAACACAACCAGCUUGUAGUGACACUGGAAGACCACAAGAGUGCGCUAGCUGCUGCACAGUCCCAGGUGGAGGAAUACAGGCAGCUGAAGGACACGCUCAACAAGAUGCCAAGUUUCCGACAGCCGGAGAAGUUGGAACGACCCGACGAGCAACCCGAGGGGCGAGCAGCAUCUCCCCGCAGUGACCUCCCAGUGCCCCACGAAGCUGUGGCUGAAGAGCAUAAGGAGAAUGAGAAGCCAAAAGAGAGAGAAGAAAUAGAUACCCAGGAGAAAGAAGACAGAGCUGAGCCUUUUCACCUGCAAAGAAGGGCUAAUGAGGGCCAGCAUGCCAAAGAACUAAAUAUUCAGGAGCAACAAGAGGCUGGAGAGGAUGAUGAGCAACGUGUGGAUCAAGUUGAAGAGGAGCGCAAGAAAGAACUUGAAGAGGAAGAAAUGGAGCAGGCAGGUCAGCCUGAGCACUUAGAGGAGGAACAGGAUCAAGUACCAGAAGAGCAUGAGUGGAAAAAACAGGAACAGAAGGAAGAAGAAACCAACAUGUUGGGUGAUCAUCUUCAUUCAGAGAUAACAUCCACGAAAGCUGUAACAAAAAGACAUAAGCCAGCUUACGAAGAACAACUAGAGCAGCAACAUCUUGCAGCCCAAAGAGCAGAGGAAGCCAGCCAGCUCCGAGAGCAUCAGGAGUCACUGCACCAGCAAAGGCUGCGAGGACAGCUAUUGCGGCAGCAGCAGCUUCACGAGAAAGAGCUUCAGCUGCAGAAACAGGCAGAGCAAGGAGAAAAACUCUAUAAAAACCGGCUAAGCCAACAGGCUCGUUAUGACAACAUGGACCAUGAUAUCGUACAAGGGGAAGAAGAGCAAGGUAUUCAGGAAGAGGAAGGAGCUUAUGAACGUGACAACCAGCACCAGGAUGAAGGUGAAGAUGAUGAUCAAAAUAAUGCAAAUGAACAGCAAGAACCAGAACAUCGAGUAGAAAACCAGCAGGCUGAUGAAUCAAAGGCAGCCAUGGAAGAUGUGAAUCCUGCUGAUGACCCCAACAAUCAGGGAGAAGAUGAAUUUGAGGAAGCUGAGCAAGAGAGAGAAGAAAAUCUACCAGAUGAAAACGAAAAGCACAAGCAAAGCAGUCAGAAACAAGGACCUCCAGGAAUGGAAGAGCACCUAGUGAUGGCAGGGAAUCCUGACCAGCAGGAAGAUAACGUGGAUGAACAGUACCAGGAAGAGGGAGAAGAGGAGAUCCAGGAAGAUUUGACUGAAGAGAAGAAACGAGAACUGGAACGCAAUGCUGAGGAGCCAUAUGGUGAAAAUGACGAAAACGCAGAUGAAAAGAAUAAUGGAGGGGCAGAUCAAGAGCAAGAAGUGCAAGAAGAGAACAACCAGAAAGAAAUUCAUGAGGAAAAUUACGAAGAGGAAGAGGAGGAGGAGGAGGAAGGCAGAGCUGUUGCAGCAAAAACUCAUAGACGAGGGGAGAUGUAGUCCUCUUCUUU